AUGUCGACACCGCUGACUCCGCGGACCCCUAGACCAUCGGGUCUCACUAGGACGGGAUUGAAUAUUGGCGAUACAGUGACUUUGCCAGAAGGUCAACGUGCUAUAUUGCGUUUUGUUGGCAAGAUUCAGGGGAAACCUGGCGAGUAUGCUGGAGUUGAGCUGAUAGGAGAUUAUGAGUCGCAAGGGAGACACAGUGGCACUUAUAAUGGAGUGUCAUAUUUCACGACCUCUCGACCUAAUACAGGUCUGUUCAUCACCUACUCCAAACUUAUUGGUUCCAGUUUGAGAAAUUCCGGGCCUCCUAAUGGUGCUAUAUCAGGAGUAGCUCCUCCAGGAUCGAUUACCAGGAAUCGACUGAGUAUGGGACCAGGGUCUGUCAACCGGCCUCAAUUACAUCAUCCCCACUCACAAGGUCAACAGUCAGCAGCAUUACAAGCAUCUCCAUCAGCCAAGUCAUCAUCGAUAUCCAAACGAACAUCUUUAGUUCCUACUUUACCUACUACUCCUAGAAGAAAUACCACUGCUAAUGGCAAUUUGAUGGGUAAUGGGACUCCUGGACUGGGACCGGCUCCUCAAGGCCCAUAUUUCAUGUCUCCUCCUCAAGGCAGACGCACCACCACUACUGGUUCUAAUACAUCAUUGCAUCAAAGUUCUGGUAGUAUUUCCAGAAGUAACUCGGUGAGGACUCCUGAUACUGCAUCACGUUCAGUGAACCGAGUCACCAGACAACAGUCUGCCGAAGACGAGGCUCGUAUCGCUGCUCUUAGUAGGGAGCUCGAAGAAGCUAAACUUACUAUCAAUGAAAAAGACAAGUUUCUUGAGGAACAGGCUGUUUUGUUACGUGAUGUUGAAGAGUCACUUCACGAGUUUCAGAUGCUUGCCAAGUCUCAAGAAGAGAAGCAAGAUUCAGCUGCUGGUCCCUAUGACAUUGACACACUUCUUAAAACUAUUGAAGAGCGCGACCGUAAAAUUAACACCCUCCGUACAGAAUUCGAAAAUAACCGUCAGGAAUUCCGGCUUACAAUUGAUAGUCUUCAGCUGGACUUGCAAGAGACGGCUGAGGUGUAUGAGACAGAAAUCAGGACUCUGAAAGAAAAUGCCGAGCAAGCUGAAGUCAUUCAUGGCCGUAUUGCCGAGCUUCAGUUCAUGGUCACUUCUUUGGAAAAGGGACUCAAACUUUCACAAAAGUCCGAGGAAAGCGCUCGACAGCAGCUGUCGAAUUUGGCUGAUAUCGAAAACAAACUGCUUGAAAAGGAACAAGAAUUGAAAGAAGCGUCUGAACGCGUCGAGCAUUAUCGCAGUCUCAUGAAAAAUGCUGCUGAGACCGCUACUGAUGGUGAUAACAGCAAUUCAGCACUAGCCCUUCAGCAGGUAGAGGCCACUCUUGCCGAAGAACGACAGGCGCUUGCUAAAGAAAGAAAGUUACUUCAAGAAGAAAAGAAGCUUACCAGUUCAUUACAAAAAGAACUAGCAGAAGCAAAAGAGGCUGAAACUCGACUCAACUCAGAGCUAACAACCACGAAAUCCGAGCUGGAAGACUACAAGCAAAAGCUCCAAGCCUUAACCCACGAAGUCACUCAACACAAAUCAUCGCUAGAAGGGGCUAAUAAAGAGAUUGAGGCUCUGAAAACAGCUCACGCUGAACAGGCGGCGGCCGUGCCGUCUAAAGAGGACAAACUGAAAUACGAACUGGCGGUAGAAGAGGUGGCAUUGUUAGAAAGCAAAGUCAAGAGUCUUGAGCAGCAAGUGAAGCAAUCACAAUCCGAUCUCGAUACAUCGAACAUGAAACUGAAAGAGAUUGACAACUUAGAGUCCAAAAUCAAAGAUCUUGAGACUCAACUCGACACUGCUAAAAAAGACCAACAGCAACAAUCGUUAUCCUCGUCAACCGAGACCAGUCUUCAAGAAGAGCUCACACUAACCCGGUCACUUUACGAAGAAGAACAAAUCAACCGACAAAAACUGCAAGACGAGAUAGAAAAGCUCGAAUCAAUUGUCGAGACCAAAAUCUUCAAAGAAGCGGAACUCGAAAAGCAAAUCGAGCUGCUCAAACUCAGCUCGGCACCCACCUCCCGCACCGUCAGCGGCAGCAGGCCCACCACCCCCCAACUCCUACCAACCUCCCGCGAAGACGACUAUCACCACCCCCAAACCACCAAAUCACCACUCUCCAGCCACGACCUCCCCAUAUACAAAAGCCCCUCCAAAGUCGACCCUGCCGCGGGCCGCACCCUCUGGUGCGGACUCUGCGAACGCGAGGGCCACGAAAGCCUCGACUGUCCGUACGAAGAAGAGUUCUAA